AGUUCCCGCGCGCUAGCUGGGCGGAGCAGUGUGUUGCCGUCGACUUUCUCGCCCGCCCGCUAUACGAAUCAAACUGAUAUCGUCAACCCGACCAGCCUGUGUUCACAAGUGUUCAACAUGACUCGUUAACGUGUUCAAUUGCAACUUUUCAUUUACAUGGAAGAUGAAUAAAGCUAUAAAGUAUUUAUGAUUACUUUGUGCGGAAGAGAUCUGGUAGCUCUGCACGACUCUAUCAACAGGAUUGGAAGAAAACAGAGAUUUACAAUCGUUUUAACGACUGUAACGCCGUAAAAAGAUCUGAUCAAUAUGGAGACCGACAAAAUGUCCACGGCGUCUUCGGUCGGCGUCACGCGGCGGCCCCUCAUGCAGGCCCUUAUCGUCGAACGAUGGAUCCUCUUCGCUUGCACAAUACUCGUUGGGCUGUGCACAUUCCUUUGGAUCACGGCCGUGUGCACGAGCAAAUGGGUUCAUAUAGAGGGUCGUGACGAUGGCGUAUUUGUUCCAGGUAUCCUCUUCACCGCUAGAAACACCACCAUGUACUUCCUGUCGAGCGACUCCGGCGUAUGGGAGAUCUGUCGACAUGAGUUCGUGCCCAACGCCACGAAAGCGACGUUCAGACUCAAUGCAACAGUACACGCGUACGACUGUACGGCCGUCGGGACUGUUCCUGGACAAUGUUAUACAAUUUGCACAAACUACCUGGCACAGCCGCUUGAAGAUCUUAAGUUGCGUGAUCCGGCUUACCAUACUGAAAUCCCAAGUUUGGUACGGACGAUGACGUCGUUCGGCAUCAUCGGCCUCUUCGUGAUGGCGAUGGGAUGCGGUUUCUCCGGGUAUACGUUCAGGAAUCCUCGGUAUAUGUUCAAGAGACUCGCUGCUGGCAUUCAUUUUAUUAGCACAUCCUGUACUUUCGUCGUGGUACAAGUGAUGACAAAUACGGUAGAUGUGCUGGAAAAAAAUGUUCCUGCCAUCUAUCCCAAGAAAGCGUACCAUUACUUCCACAUCAGCUUCUACCUGGCGGUGUUCGUGGUGUUGGUGAACGUUUUUGCUGCGGGAUCUUUCCUGUUGUACUCGCGCAAGAGGAAAGGUGACAAGGCGGCAACGGACGAGUUAGCCAUGGCCGACGAACCCACCAUCAUCGGGCGAUGACGAGAUGGUCACACCACAUCCCAGCAACUCUCGUUGCUCAGGAAGCUCACUUCUUUACCUAACAGUGCUCAAAAGACCAAUAGCUAUAACAAUGUGCAAAGUCUUCCAUGUAUUGUAUUGCGCACCUGCACAUUCACCUUUGGCCGACAUCUCUUUUACCAGAAUAUACGAUUUAAAGGGUGAAAGACCUCGUGAAAGUGUCAUUCGAGUUCGUGGUCAACAGAAAAAUUGUCACUCGGCCAAAGAAUUCCUGUAGGAGUACAUUUUCGGGGUUUUAUCAACUUUCGUUCUUGGCCAUUUGACAUUAUCAUAAUUUUCACAAAUUCAUCUGCAGUUGCGAUUGAAUUUUGGUCGCGUCUCUUCAUUAUUUUUGCAACUGGUGUUUGUUUUUUAAGAAUUAAAAUCAAAAUAAGCAUUAAUUAUAUACAUACCUACUUUUAUCACAACCGAGUACGGGUCAUUUUUAGUGCAG